UUGUUCCAUUUUGAAGACAAAAACGUGAGUUAAUAAUACAUUUUGAUUAAAAUGAAAUAAUAAUUAAUUCAAUAUAUAAAAAUAUUUCAAUUGUUCGGCAUAAAAUCACACGUUUAGUUUAUAGCUUGAACAGUCGCCGUGUAAAAACUGAGUACUCAGUAUCAGAGCGCUAAAAAUGAAUUUCUUAAUAUAUUUCAUAUUCUUCAUUGUAUACAGUUUCAAUGCUUCCGCACAGCGUUGUGUGCCGCUAGCCAAUUCUACAUGCACUGAAGCAGCUAAUCCAGGCACUACUGGACCCGGUUGUGUGGCGGGCACUAGAUGGUCCUACGAUCCAACCAGCAGACAAUGCACUCCCUUCACUUAUCAGGGCUGUGGCGGUAAUACGAAUCGUUAUUGUUCUCAAGUGGUCUGUGUGCGCAAAUGUACUGCCAGGCCGAGGGUUGUUGUUGGUUAAAUAAAUGAAUAAAGCAUGUUGAAGAAUAUAUAA